AACAAAAAACAUUAGGCUAUAGCAAUGCCUUCUCGUAUCGAACAGCAAAACACAGCCUAUACAAUACAAUUUUUAACAUAUCCGACUCUGUACUUCUUUAAUUAUUGCAAAUAAAACAAAGACUAAACAGUUAUACAAACAUUUCAGUAUUAGACAAUUUCAUUCCAACAAAACUCGUUUUAAAAACUGACAAUAGCAAGUUCAAAUAGAGUAUACAAGACCUUCUGAACUUCUUUACAGAUUUGAGACUAAAUGGCGAACAUACAGUGACAAUGGUUUUCCUUUUUAACUUAAUAUUAUUUACAAGUAUUGGAAUAAUUCUUGGUCAAAAUGAUGUGACAGUAGUAAACAGGGAAAAUGUACUUUUAAGUAGAAGGAAACGAUACUUACUAUUUCCACCUGGGAGCAAUAUGGCGAUAUCUAUGGCAGGUGUGAAAGCCUUGCUGAGACCUCAACCAACAGGUUGGAACAUAUUAGGUGAAAUGGAUUGUCCUUUUGCUCUUCCAUCGGAUACGCGAAUAUUGCGAAGAUCUGGUUGGAUUAAAAGAAGCAAACGAGAAAUAUAUUCUACCUUGGAUCGAGCACUGACAAUGUAUGGUUAUAAUGGAACAGCAUGUAUUACAAAAAUGAUGUGCGAUGCAAAGAAAUAUAUACCAAUGAAGGGAAAAUCCAUGAUGAAAGAUAUUCUACUGCUUGUAUUUGAUUAUUCCGAGGAUAAUUUCAAUAACGAACAAUUGUGUACCGACGAUAUGGAGAAGAAAUGUUCAAUAUCAAUUAUGGAACAUGUCCUGCUGGAAGUUAGCCCACAUUAUGACUAAGAUAUUAAAUAUAUCUACAUAAAAUAAAUAAAUCUAUAAAGAAAUUUUUUCCAUAAUUUAAAGGUAGUAAAUGACCAUAAAUAAACCAAGCUUUAAUAAAA